UUUACCUUUUUGUGUGAUUGUCCUCGCUCCUCACCAGGAUGAAAGUUCCUAGAGCGAGGCCUGGAGUGUUGCCUCUGUAUAUUCUCAUCCACAUGGUGAUUUGGGCAGCGGUGUUCAUUGCGGAGAAGGCUGCACAUGGGUGUUUGUGGCUCAUGUGAUGAUUUUGACUUUUUUUUCAGUUCCAUGGACCAAACACAGAGACUCCUGGGCCAACCCCUUUCCAUCCCUACUUCCAAGCCCAAGAAGAAAAGAAGAUCAAUGAUAUUUUUCUUUUCUAAGGUCUCUUGGAAACUGAGGCUCCAGAAGCGGGAGCCUUUGAAGAAUGUACUUUUCAUCUUGGCAGAAAAAGCCUGGGACCCCAGUGCUAAAAAGCGCCACCUGACAAUGAGAGGCCUGGGAACCAUGGCCUGUGAAGCCCCCAACCAGGUGAGAAAGUAUAAGAAAAUCAUGCUAGACCUGCUGGUGCACGGAUUGUACGACCCUGUGAGUUCUGAAGUCACCCAUGAGAGUAUGAAGGCUCUGACCAUCAUCCUGGGCAAGCUACACGGGAAAGGUCUGGGCUCCUUCUUCAUAGACAUCACCCUUCAGACCAGGACUUUAUUGGAUGAUGAGAAUGACAGUGUGAGAUACUCGGCCUUUGUUUUGUUUGGGCAACUGGCUGCCUUUGCUGGGCGGAAAUGGAAGAAGUUUUUCAACAGUCAGGUGAAGCAGACACAGGAGUCUCUCCUAACUCAUUUACAGGACAGAAAUCCCCAGGUUGCCAAGGGUUGCAAAACAACUUUUCGAGCCUGCUCUCCAUACCUGAAACUGAGGAAAGAGUACAGCUUCCAGAAUGAAGAAGAGCAGAGGAACCCCAAACUCUGCCUGCAGCUGAGCCACUAUCAUCCAGAGCUCCUACAGUUCUUCUAUGCAAAUAAAAUUCUGUAAGCAUGGAGGGCAGGAAAAUGGUCCUACUUGAGUGUCCUGCUGGAAACACCAUGUGCCCUGUUUUGUCUCAUUGGAUGCCUGCCUCUUCUGCUUGCCUGUUGUGACUGUAAUAGAAAAGAAGAUGUCAGGAGAGAAAUUGAGAGCAAAAACAGUGCCGUGGAAUUGUACAUAAUGCCCAACAUGAGAUUCUGAAUUGCUUUCACAUAUCUCAUUUCUCCCCACACAGAUUUGAUGAGAAGGUACAUUUUUCAUAAAAUCAUUGAAAGUAUAUUUGGGUUCGAUGCUUAUUUCUCAGCUAUUUCCUUCCAAAGUUUAUCUCUGUCAAUUACCUUAUUUUUCUAAUAUUUAACUUCUAUAACUUAGGAGAAGAAUUGUCACCUUAAGGUGUUUUUUAAAAAAUGUAUUUGCUACUGAUAUUUCACUCUUAGCUUUUGAUACUUCUUCUUGCCACGACUUAAAGUUGGCCUACACACCAAGAAUGUAGCUUGCAGGGUAUCUUCAGUUUCUCGUCAUCUUAGAAACUCAUUGCCUUCAAGAUCACCUUUAAAAAGAACUAACAAAGAAAAAAUAGCAAUGAAGCAUAUGUUGAAAAUUCUCAGGCUGAUGAUAACUUAUGGAAUAAAAGUACUAAGUAACAUUUAGUGACUAUUUACAAUUUAUUAGGUAUUAUCUUAGAACUUAAUACUCAUACAAACCUUAUGAGGUAGAUACUUUUAUUGAUCUCAUGUUACAGAUGAAAGAACUAAGGCAUGGAAAAAUUAAAUAAUUUGCUCAAAAUAAAUGGU